UCUGCGUUGCCCACGGCCGUCUUGUGGUUCACCGAUCAGUCAAGCUGAGAGCGUCGUCUGCUGUGGUUAUCGACAAUUCAUUCCUCGUAAAUUUUCAUCAAGAAGUAACGCCAUGGCCGUGACUGCCUCCGCCAUCUUGCUCCUGCUGGGGGUGAUGGCCUCCUCCGCCGCCCCACAGCAGCCGUCCAUCGAGCAACUACAGCAGCUGUUUCAGCAGUUUGGCGGUCAGCCCGGUGGUGGACUCCCACCUAGUGGAACAAGCUCGUCUCGGCCUCAAAUUCCAGUUGCCGGUGGAGGCCAAUCACAAUUUCCAUCUCGACCACAGAGUCCGGGUACAGGAGGAGGUCAGUUCACUACGGGAGGUCUACAACCAGGAACCGGCUCGCAAUUUCCCGGAGUUGGGGGGUCUCAGUUCCAAGGACAGCCUUCAUUUCCUGGAUUUGCUGGGCAAGGUAACCGGCCCGGAAGGCCUGGAAGACCCGGUCAGCUACCUGGAUCAGCAGGCCAGUUCCCUGGAUCAGCUGGACAGUUCGGAUCAGCAGGCCAAUUUCCAGGAUCGGCAGGACAAUUUCCCGGAUCUGCAGGCCAAUUUCCCGGAUCAGCAGGCCAAUUCCCAGGAUCUACCGGCCAGUUUCCAGGAUCUGCCGGCCAGUUUCCAGGAUCUACCGGCCAGUUUCCAGGAUCUGCCGGCCAGUUUCCAGGAUCUACCGGCCAGUUUCCAGGAUCUACCGGCCAGUUUCCAGGAUCUGCUGGCCAGUUUCCAGGAUCUACCGGCCAGUUUCCAGGAUCUACCGGCCAGUUUCCAGGAUCUGCUGGCCAGUUUCCAGGAUCUGCCGGCCAGUUUCCAGGAUCUGCCGGCCAACAAUGCCGCUUCUUCUGCCGUAACCGGUUCACUAAUCAGUUCGAAUGCUGUUAAGUAGUUUGAAGGGAUUUUUUCUGAGUAGCAGAAUUGGAAAUUAGCGCGUAAAAUCUUUUUAUUUAAGUUUAUAAUCAAGGGGAAGGUUGUUUCAAAAUUACAACUGCAUAAUUAAAAUAUUUAAAAAAAACGAGCAAUCUUUUAUUGAGCUGGUAAGCAUGGCGUUGAACUUUAAAAAAAAUGUACAUAUAAAUUGAUUCCUUUAGCUGGUCAAUGGUGGAAAAACUAAUGAAAUUAUCACUGUCAUUGGAAUACGUAAUUGGAUUUAGAAGUUGCCUCAUCGUAUAGAUAAAUGACUGCUGAGCAUUUGAUUAGAAUACGUAUUUUACUUAAUUAAAAACAUUUCUGAACUCAGACACAUUUAUUUUUUACUUAAUACAGUAACCAUGCAAUGACACAAUCACAAAAAAAAACUAAUUUUAUUUUGACAUGGCGCACUACCCAUAGUUUAACGGAACUAAUAAUUCACUUUUUACAUUUAACAAAUCAUCCAACCAUGGUACAAAUAACGUCAAUAAAAACUCCCAAAUAAAAUAAAUGAUGGUAACAUAGAUACCGUACUAGUACAAAAUUUUUAAAUCUCUCAGGAAUUCGCUGACCAGGUUUACAAAAUUCAAUCUAUCAUAAAAUUGUCGUCGGCCACAUGAGCAGAUCGUACAAGCUGUUUCUUCGGUUCAGUAAUAGUAACUUUGUUAAUAAUAAUUUUAAUGAGAAUCGGAGACAUAGAAAAUGGUCGCCUUUCAUAUG